GGUGUUGUGUUUUUGGGACCAUGAUUGCAUACUUACUUGAUUUACGGGAUUCCUUUUUAGUUUUUGUUCAGAAUUCGUAACAAGUCUUGCUACUACCUGCCUACCCUUUUUGUAAACAUUGAUUGUGCACUUUUUCCUUCCUUUUCUUGCUCUUUUACUUUCCUUUCCUUUCCUUUAAUUUUAAGGCUUCUCCUCUCUUUUGCCCCUUGUUUGUGUAAUUCGGUUCAUGCCUAAAUGCAAUUUUCUUCGGUGUUUGAGCUGGACUUUUUAUUCUCACUCUCUUUAGAUAGAUUAGAUUAUUGUUUGUCCUGUGAAUGACGGUUUUAUGGUUUAUACUUCGUCGUUUUUGGCGCUUUUUUAUAGUAUAAUUGGAGAUUUGGAAUUAUCCAUUCUGGAAUUUCUGUUUUAAAAGUCUGAAUUUGUAGUUUCAGACUUUCAGUAUGGAUUUAUUUGGGGAAAAUGAAGAUCUAAAUCUCGACGGACAAGUUUGUUAAUAUUAGGUCUUGUCCCUUUUUUCUGUAGGAAGUUAACUACCUACCAUCAACCCCCCUUCCAAAAUAUCUGCUUCGGGCUUCUUAGUCAUUCCAAUUGAUUUAGAGUACAAGGUGACAUGAAGUUCAAUGUGAGGUCUAAAAGCCCAGGUCCUGGGUCAAGGGGCCCCACCAGCCCUACCUCACCUCUUCAUCCCAGGUUACAUGUUUUGAGUCUUGACUCCCCUACAGGCAAGCAAGAAGAUGGAAAGAGUCAAUGUCACCCUUUGCCUCUUCCACCAGGUUCUCCUACUAGUCCUUCUUCUCUUUCCAAUACAAGAGCAAAUGGACUGCCAGAAAACACUAUCAGUAACACUUCCAAGUGGAAGAAAGGAAAGCUUCUAGGACGGGGAACAUUUGGGCAUGUUUACCUGGGAUUCAAUAGUGAUAGUGGACAUUUGUGUGCAAUAAAGGAAGUCAGGGUUAUCUGUGAUGAUCAAACAUCCAAAGAGUGCCUCAAACAACUUAAUCAGGAGAUCCAUUUGCUCAGUCAGCUUUCACAUCCCAACAUCGUUCAAUACUACGGGAGUGACUUGGGAGAAGAAACCCUUUCUGUUUAUUUGGAAUAUGUCUCUGGUGGUUCUAUUCAUAAAUUACUUCAGGAAUAUGGGGCCUUCAAGGAGCCUGUUAUUCAAAAUUAUACCAGGCAGAUUGUCUCUGGACUUUCCUAUCUUCAUGGGAGAAAUACAGUGCAUAGGGAUAUCAAAGGGGCUAAUAUACUAGUUGAUCCUAAUGGUGAAAUCAAGCUGGCAGAUUUUGGAAUGGCUAAACACAUAAAUUCUUCUACCUCAAUGCUUUCUUUCAAGGGAAGUCCAUACUGGAUGGCACCUGAGGUUGUGAUGAAUACAAAUGGCUAUAAUCUUCCUGUUGAUAUAUGGAGCUUAGGAUGCACAAUUCUUGAAAUGGCAACAUCGAAGCCUCCUUGGAAUCAAUAUGAAGGGGUAGCAGCAAUAUUUAAAAUUGGUAACAGCAAAGAUAUGCCUGAAAUUCCUAAUCAUCUCUCAAAUGAUGCAAAGAAUUUCAUUAACCUAUGCUUACAAAGAGAUCCAUCGGCCCGCCCAACAGCCCAAAAGUUACUAGAUCACCCUUUUAUUCGAGAUCAAUCAGCAACAAAAGCUACAAAUGUCAGAAUAACGAGGGAUGCUUUCCCCUACAUGUUUGAUGGAAGUCGGACACCGCAGACAGCUUUAGAGCUUCAUUCCCAUAGAACAAGCAUAACUUCACUGGAUGGAGAUUAUGCAACAAAGCCAGCUCCUGUAACUUCACGAGCAGUAAGGAGCCCAAGAGAUAACACAAGAAUGAUCACAUCUUUACCAGUAUCUCCCUGUUCAAGUCCAUUGAGACAGUAUGGGCCAGCACACAAGAGCUGUUUCCUUUCUCCUCCUCAUCCAACUUACACAAUGAUGGGACAAAAUACACUCCCAUCAUAUCCAGUAAGAUCAAAUGCUACAUUCACUCUUGAUCCUUGGCAUGAAGCAUCUUUAUACAAAGUCCACACACCCGGUGGAUCCCCAAGAACAAGACUCAUUUGAGUUGCAGACUGUAAAUACCCCUAAAAUCUUUCUUGGUUUCCCCAGCAUGCUUUGUGGCCUGUGGUUGAACUUCACUCUGAAGGUACAAACUCUUGAGGAUUCUGGUCGGUUAUUUGUGCAAGAGAAAGGUACAAGUGAGGGGCAGGCAAUUGUUGGACUGGGGAGACCUUGCUGCUUGUAACAAUUUAUUGAUUACUGUAAAUGCAAGGUGUUUACCGUGUUUGUAGUAAUUUAUGCUGUAUAUUGUUAGCUCAUGGC